AUGACCGACUCUUCAAAUGCUUGGGACGCCGCGAACUUUGACGAGUGGAUGGACGAUUCUGACUGGGACGAGUUCACCGACAUCGAAUAUUGGAAGGAUGAAGAGGUUAUCGCGCAUCUGACUAGGGAUCCGAUGGUGAGGGAUCUUCAUCUCCAAUCCGCUACGUCAAGACUUCGGCGCCAUGUCCUUGUACAACCUCCAUAUAUUCUCGGGAUUCUCAACAUGUUUCCACCCGAACUCAUCGACCACAUCCUCGGCUUGUUGGAUCCCACCUCGCUCCAAAACUUUGGCAGGACAUCUUUUCAUGCCCUCUUUGUGGCCGCCCAACAAUCGGAGUAUCGCCUAUUGCAGAGAGUGGCACCUACCAUCCUCCCACUGCUUGAAGUCACCGGUCUCUCGUAUCUACACUCAGUUCACACCGUCUGUCAAGAGCUUCGGUUCCAAUAUUGCCGUUCCUGCGGUGACAGAGGAACGCUUCUUUCCCUACCAACCUGCGAACGACUCUGCGAGAAUUGUGCUGAGCUCAAUCAAGCAUACUGGGGCCUCCACCUUUCCGAAGCAAAGGCGGCCUUUGCCCUCGAAGACGUCGAUCUCGAUCCUCUACCCAUUCUCCUCACAAACGCGCGCGUCUGGAGAGGAAGAGAACCCGAUCCAACCCAGCCAGAGACCGAAUUCAUUACAGUGAAGAGUGCUAUCAUGGCCGCCAUGCAGAAAUGGGGCUCUGCCCAGAACUUCGUCGCGGCAGCAGAGUUGAUCUCUCCCGAUCGUCAUGCUGAUGCUAGCAUCGUAGACAUAUCCUAUGCCCGGCUGUAUCGAUAUCUGAGAACAGCCGAGCUGCUCCCGUUGACUUUGGACCCGUCACAGAUCGCCCAACGCGCGCCGAAUCCUCCUCCCUCGAAACAUCCAGGCAUGAUCACUACCCUCUUUCCCACCGUGCCGUUGGGUCGGAGUAGACCUCUGCCCUUAUACCGCUGUAAUGGUUGCUGGAUUAUCUGUCAGGCACCUUAUCAAAUAACGGACUACCACUUUGCCCUCAUGGGUAUCGAUCCGGUUGAUAGUAGCGAGGAAGACAAGGCACGGAUCAUUCGAGGUCGAAUGCUUACUGCGCAGACGCUUGAUGAGCUGAGGGGGUCAUAUCGAAGGGGAAUGUCUGGGUGCUAA